AUGCUUCUCUCUGCCCUUCUUGUGCUGGGCGUCUGCCUGAUUCCUGCUCACUCCAAACCAGCAGGGGAACAACUCUGCAGUCCUCUUCUUCAAACCUGUUUUGAGGAGGCAAAGAAAAUUGUUGACGAUGCUUACAAGUACUCAAGAGAAGAGAGUCUGAGACGGGUCCGUAAAGAGGUGGUGCAUCCUCACGAUGCUCUCCGCCUGCUGAAGCAGCCUCGCGGUGGAACCCGCUCAGCUGUGAGAUCUGCAGACUACAUGGCACAAACCCUCUGCCUGCUACAGGAGAGGGUGCAUCAUGUGCACAAACGCUCAUUCAACGUGACAGAUUUGCUCUCUGAAGAGGACCUGAAUAAGCUGUCAGAAAUAACUGGAUGUGCAAGACAAAUCACUUUUCCUUCAUGCCGCACAACACUAAACCUCAACAGGUAUCGCACAGCCACCAGCGUCUGCAACAACAUAAAAAACCCGCGCCUCGGAUCCUCCAACACCCCUUUCGCCCGUUGGCUUCCUGCUGAGUAUGACGACGCCAUCUCCCAACCGAAGGGCUGGGACAUAACUCGAAGAUUCAACAACUUCUUGCUCCCACUGGUGCGACAGGUGUCCAACAACAUCCUGAGCACAACAGAUGCGGGCGUGGUCAUCGACCGAGAAUACACUCACAUGGUGACCAUGUUUGGUCAAUGGAGCGCCCACGAUCUCACCUUCACGCCAUUUUCCCCCAGCAUCCGCUCCUUCAGCAACGGCAUCAACUGUGACGAGAGCUGUGAGAAAACCGAGCCAUGCAUACCCAUCCCGAUUCCUCCCGGCGACCCCCGCUUGCCCACCGGCCGAAACAGCUGCAUCCCUGCGUUCAGAUCGGCCCCUGUUUGCGGUUCAGGAUACUCCGCCUACAAUUUUGGCGGGGAACCUAAAAAGAGAGAGCAGAUCAACGGGGUGACGGCCUUCCUGGAUCUGGGCCAGGUAUACGGCUCUGAGGAGCAGCUCGCCAAGUCUCUCCGAGAUCCCGACAGUGACGGUGGUUUGCUGCGCGUUAACACCGAGUUCAGAGACAACAGACGUGAGCUGCUGCCCUUCCACCCUAUGCAGGCGAAUAUGUGCGCCACUCGCAGGAGGGUCACCAACGACACCAACGCCAGAGAGGUGCCCUGUUUCAUCGCAGGUGACGUCCGCGUUGACGAGAACAUCGCUCUCACAUCUAUUCACACUCUGUUCAUGCGUGAGCACAACCGCCUGGCCCGGCAGCUGAAGAGAAUAAACCCGCAGUGGGACAGCGAGACGCUCUACCAGGAGGCCCGCAAAAUCAUGGGGGCUUACACACAGUUGUUUGUGUUCAGGGACUAUCUGCCUCACAUUGUGGGUCCUGAAGCAAUGCAUAGACAGCUUGGCCGUUACCCCGGCUACAAUGCUAACGUGGACCCCGGCAUCGCCAACGUCUUCGCUACAGCAGCUUUCCGCUUCGCCCACUUGGCCAUCCAGCCAGUCGUAUUCCGUCUGGAUGAUAACUACAGGGAGAACUCCCGCUUACCCAGCGUGCCUUUGUACGAGGCCUUCUUCACCCCCUGGAGGGUCGUCUUCGAGGGGGGCAUUGACCCCCUGCUCCGUGGGCUGGUUGGACGUCCUGCUAAGCUGAACACUCAGGAUAACAUGAUGGUGGACGCUCUGAGGGAGCGCUUGUUCCAGUUUGUGAUGCAUCUGGCUUCGGAUCUUGGUUCUCUUAACAUGCAGAGGGGGCGUGACCACGGCUUGCCUGGCUACAACGCCUGGCGCAAGUUAUGUGGCCUGUCUCAGCCAGGGAACCAGGCAGAGCUCGCUCAGGUUUUGAACAACGCCGACCUGGCCCGUAAGCUGCUGCAGCUCUAUGAGACCCCCGCCAACAUCGACGUCUGGAUGGGAGGCGUGGCGGAGCCGUUUGUCCGUGGCGGCCGCGUGGGGCCUCUGUUUGCCUGCCUCAUCGCAUCACAGUUCCAGAGGAUCCGCCAGGGGGACAGGCUGUGGUACGAGAACCAGGGCGUGUUCUCCCCGGCUCAGAGAGCGGCUCUGUCCACCUCCACCAUAUCCAGGAUCAUCUGCGACAACACCGGCAUCUCGUCUAUCCCUACCGACGCCUUCAGCGUCAUCUCAAAUUAUAACAGACUCAUCUACUGCUCCAGCAUCCGACGCAGGCUGAACCUGUCCGCCUGGAGCAGGCAAUUUGGAUGGUGAUGGGGUCCACAUAAUUUAUGUAGCCUACUGGUCACCAGGGGG